AUGGCUGUGCCCCUGGGUAGUGCGAUGCAGACCUUGAAUCAGGGCUCCGUGUUUCAUGAGUAUAAUACUAACCGUGAAGUCUUCCGCCAGCGCUUCAGACAGUUCCAGUAUGAAGAAGCAGCUGGGCCACGUGAUGCUUUCAAGAAACUCUCGGAACUUUGCCGUCAGUGGCUGAAGCCAAAUUUAGGUUGUCUGGAAGAAAUCUUGGAAGUGCUAGUGUUGGAGCAACUCAUGCAGAUUCUGCCCAUAGAGAUACAGAACUGCAUCAGGCAGUUUAGCAUGAAAAAUAGAGAAGCUCUUUUUUCACUGAUAGAAUUCUUACAGACAAAAACUGACGUAUCAGAGCAGCAGGUGGAUAGGCAGGAAGGCCUCUUGGAAGAACUGGCACCAGUGGGAACAGCGCACAUACCACCAAACAUCCACCUGGAGUCACCGCCAGUCCAAGUGAUGGGACCUGCCCCCGAGGCCCCAGUGGCAGAGGCGUGGAUCCCACAGGGAGGGCCGCAGGAGCUGAGCUAUGGUGCUGCUGGGGAAUGCCAGCUCUUUCUGGACCCAGGAUGCUCAUGGCCAAUCCGGGACCUGAGGCUCCCCAAAGGGUAUCAAGAAGAGCCGUGGGAGAUGGAAUUCCACGACCCCAAGGAAGGGAUUGCAGGACUCCACGGCUCUGUGAUAGAUGGAAAUGGGCCCAAUUCACCCAAACACUCAGAAGAGCUGAAAAGUCCGUUGGGAACUCCCGCAGAGCAGCUGCCGUGGGAUGGCCCAGUGUCUGUCCAUGACGAGAGCCCGUCUCUAGGAGAGGCAGCUGAGAGCUCCAGCAGGGAAGGGCCCCUCAGCCCCAGACCCCAGAAGCAGGAAAGUCCCGGAGACCUCAUAAGGCAUCAUCAGGGUCACACAGAGGAGAUGCCUUUUGAAUGCGCUGUGUAUAGGCCUGUCCCCGGGGGGCCUGGGGCUGUGUGA